AUGACCAAAUACGACUUCGACAACGACCUGGAGCGCAACUUGUACCGGCAUCCAGAUCGGCAGGGCCGCCCGAAGACCAGCUUCUCAAAGCUUCACGACAUCUACGCACUUGGUGUCGUGCUGCUGGAGAUUGGUCUCUGGGAAAUGGCCCUGAGCCUCUACCAACGCGCUGCGAGAAGGUUACCACCUGGCCAGACAUUGUCUCCAGCAGCCAUUUGA